UUGUCAACGUAAGCUGCGUUUAGUUUUGUUGUGAAUAAUUUUAGAAUUGUAAAAUAAAUAUAGAAAAACCAGAUAGAAAUGGCUGAUAAACCGCCAGAUGACAGCUACAUAUCCGUAGUUGACGAAGAGCCGGUGUUCUUCGAGUUGCUCAAGUGGGAUUCGACACAAUCGCAAAAACAACCGGAGCCUCGCAGUUUGGAAAAAGCAAAAAGUCCUGAGAAAACCGUGCCGAAGACAAGGGACGAAUCAGAUCCGUUUGAUUUGAGUGAUGCCGCGUUCAUAGAAACAUAUCGGAUUUCAAAAGAUAUGGCGCGAAACCUGUGUGAGGAGUUGAAGCCGGUUAUGCCGGAUACAACAAAGUCUAUUGAGUUUUCUGUCGAGAGCAAAGUACUAGCUGCUCUCUCGUUCUACGCAACAGGCAAAUAUCAAAAAUCUAUAGGAGGGAAGACUGAUCCAAAUAUCACUCAGUACUUUGUGUCAACGGCAGUGAUGCAGGUCACGGAGGCUAUGAACAGUCCAACUAUUGUGAAGAAAUACAUACACUUCCCUCAUUUGCGGAAUGAAAGAGAAAUUAUUAAGAAUGGGUUCUACAUGAAAUACGGGAUACCUAACGUGGUAGGUUGUGUGGACUGCAUGCAUGUUCCUAUCGCAAGACCGGAUGACGACCAGAAGAAGCAUUUCAAUAAGUCAUAUCACUCCAAAAAAGCGCAAAUUAUCUGUGACAGUAACAUGAACAUCCUGAGUGUAGACGCAAAACCCGGUGGCUCUCUAUCGCACGACGCUAUCCUCAACAAACACGCUGUGAAGAUUGACCUUGAGAGUCUCAACUACUCGCGGGAACUCUGCUGGCUUAUUGGCGGCCCCCACUACUUCCAGCGGCCGUACAUAAUGACACCAGUGCCGAAAAUCACAAAGAAGUCCCCCCUGUCACCCGAGAAGUACUACACCAACAUGCAGUCGCAAACGCACAGCGUCGUCAAGGAGGCGAUAAAACAGCUGAAAUCCAGGUGGAAGUGCCUGCAGGCGACUUGCAACAAGCAGUUCGACCCGCCCACCGUGGCCAUGAUGAUAGUGGCGUGCUGCGUGCUGCACAACCUGUGCACCGCGCACGGCUUGCCCGCCGUGCCCAUGGGCGCCACCGAGGAACGCCUCGAGGCCAUGAAGCAGCGCGUGGCCAACGCGCCCGCGCCGCGCAAGUACCACGAGGACGCCGGCGGCCUGCAGGCGCGGACCACCCUCAUCGAGCGGCUGUGGAACGAGCGCAGGGUGGCCCCAGAAUCGAAUCCCAAGAAACGAAUGGCCAAAAAAGACAGGUUACCAGAGCCCGUUCAGCAACAACAGCAUCUGCACACAAUGCAGCCCCAACAUCAGAGUAUGCACGAAGACCCCAAGCGGCCGAGGAUACUGAUGAACAACCCCUACGGGCUAGGGGUCGCGGUGCCGCCACCCUGGCCGCAUUACCCCCAGCAUUAGUGUUACAGCCUUCCAGAAAUAACCCCAUUAAGAUACCAUUCAUAAGUGAAACUUCGUUAAUUAUUUUUGGUUAGUGUACGCAAUAAGGGUCUACCCUCGAAUACGACCAAAGCCGCGCUUCGGCGGCAUCUAUAGCUACGUUUGAUCUGACACAUUAAACAUGUAGCUGAUGUAGCCAUUAUAAAACGAUAAAGAAAUCUCUCCUUACACUAAGCAAAAUUUAGCCUAGAUAGUAGUAGAUGGGGUUAAGGUGUGAACCUGUGCAUAAGUAACAUUUUUAAAAUUCCUAGGAACGUUACCUCGGUGCUUUCCCAGGAUAAAUAGUAUUUUGUCCAUUUCCAGAAUCUCAGCUAUAUAUGCGCUAAUUUUAUCAUAAUCGUUGCAGUGGGUAAGCCGAAUGGAGGUAACAGAAAUACUUUUGCAUGUUUAAUUUUGCCUUAGAUAGGUUAGUGUGAAAAAUAACAGAUUGCCAACCGAUUGAUUUGCAAUUUACACUGCCAUUAAAAACUCGAUGUCGAAGAAUAAACGUAAAUUUGUGUCGAGCGUUUCUUUAUCGCUGUCGUUUGAGUUAGUCGGGGUUUCCCCGCAAGUGAUAAUAAUGCGAAAAAAGUAACUGAUCGCAUUAAGGGGAUUCCCCGUAGGUGCGGUGUCAACAAACUCACUAUUUGAUAUCCAUUGACGUUUUACAAUCGAAAUUUAACAAGUUAUUCUUAUACCUAUCGACAAAUCAAUAUGCCCCUAAUUUAUUUUUAAGAUCUGUAAAUAUAAUGUAAGAGAAAACUAUAUAAUAAGAAACUAGGCUUAAGUAUUUUAUGAGUACAUACAUAGAUAUAGAAACAAUACUUAGAUAUGCGUUACUUCAAUUAUUUCACGUCUGACUUGAGUGAGUUCACUCAAGUCAGACGUAAAAUAACCCAUUUGAGAAAAAUGCGCGCCCAAACUUACGAUGUCUAACGAAUAAGUUAAGGAUACAAUAUUACACGGAUCAUAAUAUGGCAGACUUUAAUCAAAAAUCUCUGAAAUCAAGUAAAAUUUUAUUUUUGUCAUCAAACUGAGUCCAAACAGAUAUAUUAAGACUCACGGAUGUAUAAGAGCGCGUUCUAGGAGCGAUCAACUGUCGAUGAAUAUAUAAAACAGUGACAUUGUUUUCAGUGUCAGAAUAUAUAUCUACUUUUAUUUAUAGAUCGGAAAUGCCGCUAACUGAAUGAUACAAAUUAUUAUGAGUAGUGGAGAAAUUAAUAAUAUUAUUAAAUAGAUAUUAGGUUACUUUUUUUUACAAUAUUUUUAUGAACAAUGAAUCUCUGAAAAGCAAACAAAUGCGUCCAGCCUGCGUCCAUAGUGACGUUACAAUUUGUGUCGUGCGUGCGAACAAUAGCAAACCUCGUUGAAAUAUGCGCCUAUUGUGAUUGGUCAGGAGGCAGAGAACCGAACGCAGGAUGCCACCCUGGACACAGGUUGAACGCCUUGGUUUGGCAUUUACUGAUAAAAUCAUUAUUUUUUUACAUUUGCGACUGCAAAAUGACUGUAAAUGAAUCUAAAAGCAAUGUGUUAUUAUACUUUUUGAUAUACAAAGUUCCUUUUU